AUGGGUGAAUAUAAAGUUCCGCAUUUUGAAAAGUCCCUUGACUCUAAUGCCGAUUGGAUUAGGCUCAAAGUUGAACGCGAGGGCACACAGGCCCGCAAUAUUGUAAAGUACAAUUUGCCAUUUUCUGGGUCACAUGAGGGGUCAAGAGCAUCGUCAGCUGGAAAUUCGUGCAGUACGAAGAGUCAAGUCAACGUGAGUUCUGAUCGAUCAUCUGUUUCUUCCCGGGAAACUUCACAACGAGGUCGAACUCGGAGACGACAGGACUAUCACGCUCUCUACUGGGGUCAAAUGCUGGACACUUUGAAACGAACAAUCGAUGAGAUCUAUGCUGCUUGUGAGCUGGACGAAUGUGAGAUGCGAUGCAAGGAGGUGAUCAUGAUCCUACACCAUAGCGAACAGGAUUUCAAGUCGCUGAUUGAGAAGAUGUCUUUGCUUCAACGAUUUGGAAAUAGGCCUACUAGCCUCGCUUGGGACGAACGGAAGAUAUCACCUGGGAGACCAAUCAUGCUUAGAGUUCUCGCUGACCUUGAUCUCUCCUCGCCUACCCUUACACCACCUACCUCUGCUGCGGCUGUAUCUGCUCUUGCCUGGGGCUCUGAUGAAGAAGAUCUUCUAAAUGAUGUUGACGAGGAAGAUGUGGAGGGAGAAGAAACUCACUUCGACGCAGCGAUUAAAUCUGUGGCUUCCACCGAACGUCUUCUGCGAAGUGAACUGGGGCGGGAGGAGGCUUCAUUGCUACAGCUGGGUGGCACCAAUAGCAGCAAGUCUUCCACUACUGCUACUGACGUCAAUGCUACUCCGUUUGUCUGCUACGCCUGUGCUGGAGAAACCCAACGGCGAUCGGUGGCUGUGGCAACAGACGGAGGGGGCGGAGAUAUUCUGAGUAGUAUUGGUGUAGCGGGCGAUCUUCUGGCGGCUGGCAAGCCAAGAAUUCCUGGUAGAGGAGUGCAAAUGCAUGAAAAGCUCCUGGCGCAAAAUCGGAGCAGGUGUGAACGAUCCAUCCAGGAAAUUGAGGCCAAACAAGCAAGAGCGAGAUUUUUGCGCCAAAGGCAUCUGUUGGAACGAUCUAAUAGAGUGCGCGAACUCAGUAAGAAGGUGGAGGAGGUUCGGAAGCAGAAACUUCGGCUGAUUCAACAGCGUCGCAACUUCCUUGAGCAGCGUCUCCUCGUAGCUGAUGCUAACCGGCGGGCUGAAUUGAAGCGUCGCAUCUUGAAAGCGCAUGAUGAGGAGAUCAAGGGUCGAGAAAUUGCAUUUAUUCAGGUGCUUCUUGCUAUCUUUCUCUGUAAGAGUCGUUAUUCUUUCAUGGUCCAAAGUUUGGAAGCAGAGCAAAAGCAGCACACAAUCUUUGCGAAACAUGAAAUUUCUUGCGCAAGGUUGAGAGAACGAGCUGAACUUCGUCGUAGGCGCUUGGAAGAGAAGGCAGAAAGAGAGGAAGCUGCCAAGGUAUCAAUCGAACUUCGCUUCAUUUCUUUCGGCUAUUUCUUUCUCCCCGGUAGUUCAGGAAAGCUUCGACGAAUCGAGCUGGAGGCGCUUCGUUUGGCUCGUUUAGACGAGCUUCAGGCGCGCUGGAUAUCUCGAGCGCAUGAAAUUGAAAUGAGGGGUGAACAGACCCGAUUGGUGCGACGUGCGGCGGCGCGAGAGCGAGAAUUGCAUCGUGAAAUGAAACUGGCCAGUUUGGAGCAACAGCAGCGCCAACAUAUUGAGGAGUUGAGGUCCAAAAUCUUGCGCAAACAACUCGAAUGCGAACGCCGACACCAGGAGACCCUGAGCGGCAUUCGACGCAAAGCCCUCGAGAUGUCCGCUCCACAACAUGACGCAGCUACCACCGCCUUAUCACGACAUCCACAACACAACCAGCGUGGUUGGUGUCGUCUCUGUCAUGUCGAGGUGGACUCCGUCUCGCAUUUCGAGUCACGAGGACACCGAAAUACUCUACUCACCUCCCUACCAGCCUGUCUCCGCCGUAGUGAUAGGUGGGACAUUGAUCGCCUCAACGCGGCGUGUUUUGUUGAAUUGCCAGCUUUAUUGAAGGAUCAGGAAGCUGCGGAUGAGAAGGAGCAUCUUCGACGCCAACGCAAGGCAGCUGAAGUGGAACAUCAGAAACUGCUUGCCAAACGACUGGAUGCUGUGCGUCAACGAAUGAAUGCGAGAAGUCUUCUUUAUCGCAAGGCGCCGCUCGUGGAUGCCAAGUUGGCCCCUCCUUGUCCACAAAAAGCGCAACUUCAAAAACUGGUCAAGGAGGCGCGAAGAUACUGCAAUUUACCAGAGUCAGGACCAUGGGUGGCGUCGCGUGUUGCGGCUAUGGAGAAAGCCCUUCGUGGUAUUCGCCGAUUGGUCAGUGAUGAGACAUCCCUCCUGUGCUGCUAUCACCUGGACUUGACAUCGGUUCUCGUUAACUUAAUUGAUUUGACGCGUUGUCAGCGCUACUUCGAUUUUCCUGUCAUUCCUACUAGGACUGUCGCUUUGGCAUGCGAAUUAUUGAUCACAUUCUGCCAAAAGGUCUCUCUCUGUUCCUGGCACCUUCUUUUCAACUGUGAUUUAGCUCUCCUCAUUGAUUGUCUGGCCGUGAAGUUGAGUCAUCUGGAGGCCAUGGAACUAUGGGCGGAUGUUAAGCAACCACAGUGUCCAAAAGUUGACGGCAAGCCAUCUGAAGAAGUAGAUUUUGUCUGUUCUCUCUUCUCCUGCUUUCUUGUUGUGAGUCAUGGCCUAAAAUCGACUCCACCGGUUUUUCCUACCACUGCGGUUGCCACCACCUCAAAGAAAGCAUCAAAUGUUACCGCUGCCUCCCUGUCGGACUUCGUUGCUUACGCAGUAAAUUCCGGUCUGAUGGAGGUUUUAACAAGUUUCCUUUCCUUACCGAACUUAAGUUCUCAAUUAGCUUAUCCGCUGGACUCCAACAACCCUGAACUAGUUGGUAGAGGACCAGAAAUAGCUCUCCAAAGCCUCCAUCUUCUCACUGCUCUUGUUCGUAUCAUACCCUCUUCAAAGGCAAAACGCGUGGACAAAGCGAAAGGUUUAACCGAUGUCGUCGAUGAUUCGACAUUCUUUUUUGAUGAGAUUGCGGCUACCGAGGUUUUCGGUGUUGUUUCAUUGCUCUAUGAUACCCUCCAGAUUUUGACCAAUCAUCGUACAAGUGAUUGUCAUGAUAGUAGUGAAGCGAUUGGUCAGAAAUUUUCACUUAACUCGCAAUUGGCUGAAAUCUUUUUAAACGCGUUAAAACUUAUUAACUUCGCGUCGCUGGUGAAUUUACCGAAAAUUCAGGAAAUUGUUAGUAAUAAUGCAACGUCUAUACAAAUUCGUCAUAUUCUGGGUAUCCUUUUCUCUGCCUGUUCGCCGAAAGAAGAGGAGUCCGAGAUAGAAAAAAGUGUGUCCUCCCCUGCUCCCCUCGCAAUCCCUAAUAAAGUCGCUACGCCAGCUUCGGGCGGCUGUUUGGCGGGCAAAAGACGUCGAAAUGCAUCCGCACUUAUUCCCAGCGGUGCCAAGGAGGUUGGAGUUAAAAUUACACCGAAAGUGGAGCCUCCAUCAUCGAAUUUACCAUCACCAUCUAAGGCGUUGCAAAUGCGGUGUACCACACCUCCUAACCGUGACGGCUCUCACCAAAUUCUGAUACUGCACGAAGCAAUCAUAUGCUUGGGCUAUCUGACUUUGGGCCACCCUGAUAAUCAGACGCGUUUAUGUGUCAAUGGCCAGUCUGUGACACCACUGCUUCUACAGCUGUGUCAACUUCCAUUGAAUUACUUCUCCCAACCUGUGUUGGCGGACAUCUUGUUUCCUACAUUGAUAGCCUGUUGUUUCCCUCCUAAAGGUGGGGAUGAUAGCGGUACCAACACAGCCCUCCUCGCUGUCCAUUUGAAUCCGGCCCUGCUUGCAAACUUCAUCGAGGCCCGGAUUUUAGAGAAGACUCUGGCCAAACCAAUGGAUGACAAUUCCACUUCCAACCAAACUGAAAAUGGCGAUGACUAUCACCGAUUCGAAAAUCGCUUUCCUCCCUCCCUUUGGCCGGCAGCCAAGACAUACUUCGCAGAGGCAAAAAACACUACCGAAUAA